UUAAUUGCCGUGUGACCUGUAAGUCAAGUCCAGCCACAAAUAUGUUUUUCCAUCCAAAUCCCAUCUCACAAAUCUCCCAUGGUGCUCUAUUCUUUUCAACUAUCAAACACAAAUUAAUCUUCCAACUUUUCGUGCCUCCUGCUUCAACUCUUAUCUACUUUUUGCUUCCUUUCAAAUGCCAGGAACCAUUUUAUUAUCAGUUGUGGAGCUUAAGGGUCUUCCCUCAUCAUCAACACAGUCUCCACCAAUAUCAAUCAAUGGUUAGGCAAUCAUGGUUUUUAUGUUUGAUAUUAUGCUUCUUGGGAAGAAAAUUUUGCAUGUAUUUUUCUUGAUGCAGUUUCCCUGGGGAAAAAGGAUUAUCAAACUUGGGGCAAGGAAGACUUCUCCUUUCCAUUAACAACCGUUCGUGACAAUUUGAUGAUUAAACUAAAAGAUGCCGAGGGAAAUGAGAUAUCACGAACAGUGAGGAUGAUGGGGAUGAUCAUACUUCGGAGCAGAAGUUGAGACCAGAUUGGUGGUCGAGAAAGGUCAUUGGGACCAGACUUUUCCAAUGGAUGGAGGUGGGCAGCUGCAUUUGAAGUUGCAAUUUGUCCUUAGUGAAGAAGAGCGUCAUCAAAUCCGCAUCAUGAGAGAAUCGGUGUUGAGAAAGAAAUAUGGGGAAUUUCCCAGUUGCAAUAUGAGAAGUCAAGAAAAUGCUGCUUCUGUUGGCAUUAAUGCUGAAUCACCAUUGUUCCCUAACCAAGAGGUUUCAGAACUUUCAUUUUCUCAAGAUUCUGGAACAAGUCUUCUUCAAAGUGAGGUAGCAGCAGCACAAGCUUGUUUGGUAUCUACUCCUGAAGACAUCACUAGGAACAAAAGAUCUGGACCUGAGAGGCAAGAAGAAGCAUUUUCUCUUCAAAAGCAAGCUAUCCCAACAGAUGCAAGGGGACUUCAUCAACCACCUUUGUCUCAAAGGUCUGAUGAGCGUCUAACUGAAGUAAGCCACAAGGAUUUUGCUGAGAAGAUUGAGACUCAGACACCUGUGGAUAAUGAUCCUGAAAGAGGCAUUUGGUCAGAAGAAGGUUCAUAUCUGUCAAAAAGCUCAGAAUCAGUUGUUGCUUCGAAGAACAAGAUUGUUGCCUCUAAACUGUAUGAAGACAAUACUUUUAAUCCACAGAAGCAGAGUCCAGUGGGGAAAGCUCCAAGCAACGUGAGGAAUAUGAUAAGUGCCUUUGAAAGCAGACUUGCUCAGGAUAUGAGACCUCAUGUGAAAUCACAGCCACUUGGAUCUCAGUUCAGCGGGAUUGAAAGUGAAGCUCUGAAUACUUCAUUUUUAGAUGAAAUUAAGACAGACAAGGUUAAACUAACGCAGCCGAUAUCCUCAGGGAGGUUUAAAAGGCCAUUUCUGGCAGGAGGGUUGCAACAGGCCUCAACAUAUAUCAGAAAAAGAUGUGAUGAACAUGUUUCUGUUAGAGCUUUCAGUGAGGCUAAAACAUAUCACGACACUAGGCAGCUUGAGUUAAGUGAAGCAGAUGUUAAAUUUAAAUUGAAGGAAAGAAAAGAUUCUUCUGGAGAAAUGAUGAGAGCAUCCACUGGUAAAGCAGCUACAGUUUCAGGAAGAAUGCUUGAUGAGCACACAGGACAGCAAUCUGGUAAAUUGUUUAUGAAUGAGCGACAUUCAGCUGAAAAAUCAACUUUGAAAGAGAUCGGGAAAGGAGUUUAUCCAGAAUCUUUAGAAAAGGAGAACUGGAAAGAUAAACAGUACUCCUCCAUAUGCCCUGGUACCUGGAUAUUUCCAGUUGAAUCGAGAAGCUUAUGUAUUACAACUGGCAGCAAACAUUUGAUGGAUCUAAUGAGAAAUUUUCACACUGAAAGUAGCAUGCAUGGUGGGUGUGUCAAAGUGAAUGAAGGUGAGAAGACUGAUCCAAAACCAAAGAAAUCGAAGCCUGUGAAUUCCACAGACGAUGUUGAACCUUCCAGAGGACCAGUCGGACAGGUAAUGAGAGUUGCAAUUAUGAUAGGGUUUGCAACACUUGUUAUCUUUACUAGACAAAGAAACACCAGCUGAAUAAAAGGUUUUGCCAUCUGCUGUUAUUGUCCAAGGCUUGGCAAGUAGAAGUAUUUGGAGUCAUCAAAAGCCUUAAAAUUAUUUUUGAAUUCUUAUGGGUUAAAUGGAAAAAUAAUCCUUCUAACCAUAGGUGUAAAAAUUCUUUUCAUUUUAAUACUCAUUAAUCCGGAUGUAAAGUUUUCUGAAUACAGUUAUCUGUAAUCAGCUUCAUAUUGAUUUACAUGAAUUCAAGUUCAUAUAUCAAGUUUUGCAUUCUGAAUAA